AUGGAUUUCUUUUCGGAAAUAAUAGGUGAAACCGUUAUUCUAGGAAUCGAUUCUCUUAUUUUAGGUUUCUGUGUAAAACAGCUGAGCAAAUGUAAACAUAUCUUAAAUGCCUUGCAGAAAUCUCCAGUUCUAGAUAUAGAUUCCUCAUUGAAUAAAGAGAUCAACAAAUAUCCAAACAACACAAUACCAUAUGUUGUUAUUAGAGGCCUUGUAAAGCCUCUGGGUAAUCCCAUUGUAAGCAAUUACAACAAUUCUGUGACAGGAGUUAUACAGAGAUUAACGAUAAAGGAGCAUGUUAUUGCAAGGACUUCUGCUGGAUUUUGGUCUGAUCAAACUCGCACCAUACAUGAAGUAUGUAACUCCACUCCAUUUGUGCUAAAUAAUGGAAAGUACAAUAUUGAAGUUGUGGAUGCACUGGCAGCUGAGCUAUUGGACCUGGACGUGAUUUCGGACAAAUUUGAGCCGAUGUCUCCGGGCGUCAUCGACCACGUGUGGGGUUUCUUCUCGGGCGUGAGACAACGGGGGCUUCAGACCAUGGAGGAGAUGCUGCGCGACGGCUCGUACAUCACAGCCAUCGGAGAACUGAGCAGGACGCAGUCGGGGGCGCUGAAAAUACAACCGCCCAGGGACGGACUCCCACUGUACCUCACCACCGCUACAAAGUCAAGUUUGCUGAAAAGGCUCGCCAGCUCAAGGGACUUCCUACGAAUCCUGCUGGUGGUGUUCGGCGCGGUCGCGGUGCUGGCGUCGGGCAGGGUGGCCUACAAGUACCUGCGCAGGCGCAGACGGCGCCAGCUCGAGGACUCCCUCAAGCGUCAGCUCGCAGCCGGACGCAAGGAGCGAAGGGCGCACGCGCGGGAGAAGAACCUCACCGACGUGCAGCUGUGCGUCGUCUGCUCGGAGAACCCCAAAGAGAUAAUCCUGCUGCCGUGUGGUCAUGUAUGUCUCUGUGAGGACUGCUCAGAUAACAUAAAAGACAACUGUCCUAUCUGUCGGGAACGGAUAGAAUCCAGAGCACCUGCCUUCAUCACU